AUGGACUCGGAUAUCUCUGAGAACGACGAUCUUGGCUUUGCCUUCAAUGAUUCUAGUUUCUCUGAUAGAAUCAUUCACCUCGAAAUUAUAAAGGAUCUUAUUAAACUUUUCCCUAAUGCCGAGAGCUGCUCCACAAGUGCAGAUCAAACUAGUCUCGCCAAAAGGAGAAGGGAGGACAUUCAGAAAGACAAUGACUUACUGUCAGACCAGCCUGAUCAGCCUGAUGGAGACGAUUCUGCGGCGCGUAAGCCUCAGGAUGCGGAGGCAGAUGCUAUGGUUAAAGCGUCAACGACUGAUGAUGAAGCUGCCAAUCCCACAAAUGUUGCAGAUUCUCACAUUGACUGCUCUGCAGUACUUAAAGUGAGAACACUGCAUAUUAGCUCCGCCAUCCUGGCUGAGAAGAGUAUGUUCUUCUACAAGCUCUUCACUAAUGGGAUGAGGGAGUCGCAGCAGACACACGUCACCCUGAGAAUCACUGCAUCUGAGGAAGCUCCAUUCAUGGAGCUUUUGAACUUUAUGUACAGCAGUUCUCUAAAUGCGACCUCACCGCCUAGUUUGCUGGACAUCUUUAUAGCGGCGGACAAGUUUGAGGUGCCGUCCUGCAUGAAUUACUGCAGCCGGGUAUUGCUGAACAUACCCAUGACAGUGCAGUCUGCGUUGCUCUACCUAGAGCUUCCUUUAUGUGUGAGAAUGGCUAAUGCUGUUAGGCCAUUGGUUUUAGCAGCAAAACAGUAUCUCGCUGUUCAUUACAAGGACAUCACAAAGCAUCUAGAGGAGCUGAUGGAAUUGCCACUUGCUGGAAUCGUUGCAUUAUUAUCCAGCGAUGAGUUGCAUGUCCCAUCUGAGGAUACAGUGUACGACUUCGUGCUGAUGUGGGCUCGAACCCGGUACCCUAGUCUGGAGGAGAGGAGACGUAUCCUCAGAACAAAUCUUAUCCACUUCAUCCGCUUCCCAUUCAUGACCUGCCGCAAGCUGAAGACGGUCCAAACUUGCAACGACUUCGACCACGAAAUCUCUUCUAUGCUAGUAGCUGAUGCCUUGUAUUUCAAGGCUGAGGCACCACACCGGCAAAGGAUGCUAGCUGCGGAAUCAGCUUCCACUAGUCGCGUCUUCAUUGAGCGGUCAUACAAGUACCUCCCUGUAAAGGUUGUGGAAUUCGAACGUCCACAUCAACAGUGUGUGGUCUACUUAGACCUGAAACGGGAGGAGUGUGCCAACUUGUUCCCCUCUGGCCACGUCUGUUCACAGCCCUUCUAUUUAGGUGGUCGGAGAAUUUUCUUAUCAGCGCAAUGCAAUAUGGACCAGCAUAGCUUCUACCAUUGCUUUGGCUUGUUCUUUGGCAUGCAGGAGAAGGACUCUGCCAACAUCAGUGUCGACUAUGAAUUUUCUGUUCGGUCGAGGCCAACCUUAGAAUACAUCAGGAAGUAUAAAGGCAACUUUAUAUUUACUGGGCAAAGUGCAGUCGGUUCCAGAAACUUUUUUGCUACACCAUGGACAUCGUUCAUGGCGGAGGACAGCCUCUUCUUUAUUGACGGCGUUCUCUAUCUUAGAGCAGAGCUAACAAUCAAAAACCAGCAGGAUCUCAAUAGUCCUGUAGUUUGGCAGCUCUGA